CAUAGAACAAACACACAACAAUAAAAUAAAUCCACCACUUAGAAGAUUGAAUUACACACAUUCUCCUUUCUCUCACUACUCCCUUGCUACUAGGGUUUCAACAAACCCUAUCCCUCUUCUUUGUUUUCACUUUUCACGAUCUCCCCCCUCUAUUCACAAUGAUUCAACGGAGUCAAUAGGGGCUUUUGCAAUUUGAAGGCUAGAGCUUUGCUAUCUGCUGCGGGGAACAAAUGGCGACGGCUAAUCCUUUCGACUUGUUGGGGGAUGAUGAUGCUGAGGACCCAUCACUGCUCCUAGCUGCUCACCAGCAAAAAAUUGACCCGAAGAAAGCCGGAGCUCCCUCGGCUAAGCAGCAGCCGCCGCCGCCGGCGAAGCUUCCUACGAAGCCUCUCCCUCCGGCUCAGGCUGUGAGAGAGGCUGAAUCUGCAAGAGGUGGUCGUGGUGGAGCACGUGGUCGUGGACGUGGGUCGUACAGAGACUCCCCCCAGAACAACAAUUCGUAUGGAAACAGGGAGGUCUCUGCUGGUAGAGUUGCAUCUGAGGAUGCUGAUGCUGAAAAGUCUUAUGAAAGGCGUGGUGGUUACGGUGGGCCUCGUGGGUCUUUCCGAGGUGGCCGCAGAGGUGGUUUCAGCAACGGAGAUGGGGGAGAAGGCGAUCGCCCUCGUAGACAGUUGGAUCGCCGUAGUGGAACUGGCUAUGGAUAUGAGCCAAAGAGGGAAGGAGCUGGCCGUGGAAACUGGGGAACUCAGACUGAUGAGCUGGCCAAUGUGGCUGAGGGUGUUGUUACUGAAGGUGAGAAAGUUGUGGAUGUUGAGAAGCCCUCUGGUGAGAAUGCUCCUGCUGCAGCUGAUGGAGAUAAGGAGGCUUCCCGAAACGAAGUUGAAGAGAAGGAAGCUGAGGAUAAGGAAAUGACACUGGAUGAAUAUGAGAAGAUUCUGGAGGAGAAACGAAAGGCUCUGCAGGCCCUCAAAACUGACAGCAGGAAGGUUGAUGUUAAAGAGUUUGAAUCCAUGCAACAACUUUCAAACAAGAAAGCUGCUGAUGAUGUUUUCAUCAAACUGGGUUCUGAGAAGGACAAAAAGGAGUUAGCUGAGAAAGAAGAGAGAGCUAAAAAGUCUGUGAGCAUCAAUGAGUUCCUGAAACCUGCUGACGGUGAGAAGUACUACAAUCCCGGUCGUGGCCGUGGCCGUGGACGUGGUGGUCCCAGAGGUGGUUAUGGCGGAGGCAGUGAGACGAGCACUGUGAGGGCACCAGCCAUCGAAGAUCCAGGGCAGUUCCCCACCUUAGGCGGCAAGUGAGUCGGUUUUCCUGUUUUGCUCCUGCAAGACAAUAUGGUACCAGGUUGAGCGGGAGUAUGAGUGGAAUAAUGGUAUGUGUAAUGGAAAAAGUAGUAAGAAAUUUGAAGCUUAAAAAUGUAUAUCUAUGUCGUCUACUCUGAUGUUCAUGUAGUUGUGUUUCUAUAAUCCCCUUGCUUUGUUUUUCCAUAGUAAUCUUUUAACUUUCUCAGGAUAUUUGUGUUACUCAGAUUUGUUUCUGAAUAUGACAGAAUUAGUUCCGUUUA